AUGUCGGGUAAUGUAUUCUUAAGAGGCCUUCGACGGCGUGGCAUUAUCAUGUCCAGUGGUGCUUUGUCUAUGUGCGAGCUUCGAGCACCUGUUGAUGUGAUGAAUAUGGCUGUUUUGUGGGGCGUAACCGGUGCUGAUGCCAGGUUAUUGACAAGUGGUAACGCUGAACAAGUGCUUCUGCGAGCGGAGGCUCGACGAACAGUUGGUGGUGCUUUGCACGUCGCAUCAGUACAAACGAGGAUAGACGAAGACGACCAGAAGACUGUAGACAGAAUACUGUUACGUUUAUUGUUGAUCAAUGAAGCUUCA